AACAAGCGACACAAAACAUUUAUCUUAGAAGAAAGCGAGGAGUGCGAUGGAAAAUGACUCUCCGGUGAAACCCUUUCGUGCGGCAGGAAAACUAGGUAUUUAAGUCGGUGAAAAAGCGCAACACCCGCAUAUUCUUGGAAGAAAGUGCCGUUGUGUCAACCAUCGUUUGGCUCCCGGGCACGCUUUGUACCGCAAGCAACUUGGACAGCUGCGUGUUUUCAAGCAAGCCAUCAACAAAGAAUGAAAGCAUUCAAACGAGCUCUGGAAGAAGAGCAUCGCCCGGAGCAGGAGCUCUCCUCGGCUGUGUCAGACAGCGAUGACGGCUCCCCGCUCGACCUGUCAGGAAGGGGGCUCUUUGGGAAGCGCCGUCGCCGGGGCAACCUACCCAAGGAGGCGGUGCAGAUUCUGCGGAGCUGGCUGUACGAGCACCGCUUCAACGCCUACCCGUCAGAGCAGGAGAAACUCAGUCUGUCAGGCCAGACCAACCUCUCUGUGCUGCAGAUAUGCAACUGGUUCAUCAAUGCCCGUCGCCGCCUCCUUCCUGACCUGCUUCGCAAGGAUGGCAAAGAUCCCACCAAGUUUACCAUCUCCCGCAAGGUUGGCGGUAAAAGUGAAGGCCACUCGUCUAAUGGAGGUGGAGCCAGCUCUCCAGAAAGCAACUCUUCCAACGGCUCAUCUCAGCAGCGACCGUCUGUCAUCCGUUCUGGCCCUACACUGGAUCUCAGUCUUCUUGGGAACACGGCGACGGCUAUUCUGACAGGAGCAGGCUACCCUGGUAAGGAAGGGUCGGUCCAGGCGCUGAUGAAGCUGGACACACAAAGUCUGCUGAGGGAAGCAGAGGAACAGGGGAUGAAUAUGUUUUGUCUCACCACCACAACAAUGGCCGCUAGCCCCACCAUCGGCCUCUUCAACACACCUCCCCCGACUCCUCCCGAGCUGUUCCCCAUCCAGGACUUCAGCGACUUGAGGCUUCUGGUCGAUGCAGCUCUGCAGAGGGCAGCAGAGCAGGAAAACCUGAAUUGGCUCCAGGAGUGCCAGAUCAGACCUGCAGAGGCUGUAAAGACUGAACUAGCAGAGGCACAGUGUUGCAGCAGUGACAUGGGACCCACACCGCCUCCGGAGGACAGCCAACAGGUCAUGGAGCCUUCCAGGGUGCAGAGUCUGAUGGAGAAGGCUAUGGCCGUUCCAGUGUCUGCUGUAACUUCAGUAAAGGAUCCUCUGUCUUUAAUGGCCUCUGUACCAGUCCCAACUCCAGCCUUGGUCUCAGCCCCGAGGCUAUCUCCUCUUCUGAUGAAUAAAGUCACCUGGAGCCCCUUGGAGAAGGACACUGCCCGAGCCUCCAGCCCAGUGCAGCCUCUGCUCCUCCCAGAGAGUCUGCCAAUUGUAGUGCCGGUAUCUGACUCAGUUUUAGGAUCACCAAAUUCUCAGAAACCAACCGCUGCUCCAGCCCUCGCCCUUGCUUCAUCAUCAGCGCCACUGCCCAAUGCUUGUCCUACGAGUGCAUCAGCGGCAGCUACAAGGCCAGUCUCUAUGCCAUCGCAGGUCCUCGUCCUAGCCACAAGUCCCACCUCUGUCGCUGCUGCAAGCCAGGCUUCAUCCCACACUGUAGUGCUUGUUCCAGCUGCUCCUUCUCCAUGCAAUAACCUCUUUUACAGACCCCAGAGGAGUCCCGCUUUACCUGCCAUUCCACAAUCCCCCCAUAAUCCCAGUCACAGUUCCAUGUCUGUCGCCCAUUUCCACCGCAGUGUCGUCGCCAGCCUCCGCUCACAACCCAGCCUCUGCCCAAACUCCAACUCCUCUCCCCGCUUCAACCCCAACAUCCUUCUCUACACCAACGAUGACACCUCUUCUGGGCCUGGCUUCCCACCUCAUUGCUCCUCUUCAAACUUCCUCCUGCAGCAGCGGUAUUGGCAGUAGUGCACAGAGGAAUUCAGCAGUGGUGCCCAGUGUUUGGAGCAUGGUCCACGCUGAUACCAGGCAACCCAGUUCUCUUCAAGUGGUAAAGACGCCCAUCACCACAGUGUGGGGCCCGCAGCACAGCCUGCACACAGUGAGUGAAACCGUUAACUAAGAGCUAGACAGUUUUAAAAAAAAAUAUAUAUAUAUAUCUUAGGAGGAGAGAGGCCAAACAUUCAUGUUGGCUGGACAACACUGUACAUGGGAGAAUGUAUCUUCAUUACGGUCCCCUUCUGUCAUUAUCGCCUGUGCCUGCAAAAUACAGGGAAUGAGAUCAGGUGUAUGAACUGGGACAAAGUGAAGGAACAAACAAAGGUGUUCUAGAGACUUGCUAUUUUCAAGCAACUUUUUAAAUAUGCUGUUCUUGAUGGAGGCACCUGCUGGUAAGAACACGUUUGAUGUAAUUUCUCAAAAAGGAACAUUCCUCAGUGCAGAGUUAAUGUAUUGUACAAAGUUUUUGCUGCCAUUUUCAAAUCUCUUUCCACAUUACAAUUUAUAGAUGAGGAAAUAUUCCUUAAUUGUACAAAAUGUCAAUUGGUGUCAUUUUCAGGACCAGCAGUUAGCAUCUUCAGUAGCAGUACUGGACUUUAUUGAAUGUACAAAAGACAUUGAUAUUGUUGGCUAAGCUGCCUGUCAUCCAUUCCCUUCUAGGAUAAAAAGGAGGACAUUAGUUUUUUUCCUUUUUUUGUUCUUGCGCAGAGCAACAUUGUUAUAGUCCUCUAUUGUUGUUCAGAUUUGAUUUUUAAAGAAUUUAGUCUUCUUUACUAGACUACAUUUCCCCUUUUUUCCUUGGAGAUGAGGGAAAUUGAUUGUACUGCAGCGAGCCUGGCUGGAUGACUCUCCCGACGUGUCUGUCUCCAUCACCCCCACCCCCUUCUUCCUGUCUUCCCGUCUCUUUAUAGCUAAGGGGAUUCACUCAUGAAUUGUCAUCUCAACCACUCGACACAUGCUCUCAAGUACCAUGUCUUUUUCUUUCUCUGCUGCUUCCCAUUUAGAAAAACAAGCUGUAUUUUUUUUGUGUUUUUGCUGAAGCAGUUCUGUCUGUUACUUUAUGUGACCAUGAUCAGUUGUGUACGAUUUUCAGGGAUUGUUGUUGGGGGGGGGGGGGGCUAUGGAUAUAGGAUGAAGGGGAGAGGGUUACAAUGGAUUUGUUACAGAAAUCAAUUUCAGUGGAGAGGUGAGCAGCUUGGUGGUCCGAUGACAUCAAGCUCUUGCAGCUCCUGGACUGAAACGUUACACUUGCUGUGAGACUUGCCGCCUUUUAUCUUAUGUGGUGCAAAAACACUUUAAACAUUGGCUUCUCAUAUAUUUGGAAAGCAGAUAAAUUAUCCAGAUUUCCCUGUCGAUUUGGGGCCUCAUGAUUUGGAAAAUGUAUUUCAAACCUAAAUGUCUUACAAGUGGAAAGUUUAAUUGAUAUGAUAAUGUCUCGACAAAGCAAAUGUAGCAGAUGUACUGAAAUAUAGGACAUUUGCUGGGGGCGGGGGUUCUUCCCAGAGGGGUACAACAGCAUACACUUUUUCCUAAUCGGUGCUUUCCACCUUUAGAAAUGUUUUUUUAUAGAAUUUCUUAUCAUUCACAAAGCUGUAGUUUCCAUGAAACUGUCGUAGCAUAAACCACAAUAUAUGGCUUAAUGCCAUCUGGGCAUCUAUUAACAGUAGCGUCAUGCGGAAAAGUUCCUAUGUGAAUAAUACUAUAGCAGGAUUGUUCAUCAAAUCUUCAAUACUGUCAUGUUUACCUGUUUUAUUGAGCUGUAAACGGUUACAUUUUACACGUACAAGGAGUUUGAGAAGACAAAUGGAGAAAGUAUGAUCGGUCUGACUACAUCACCCCCAGAAAAACGUUUCUUGUUCAUGGCAGAUGUCAACUCUUCUGAUAUCUACUCUUAUGUCCUGUUUUGUUUGUCGUCCCUCACUGCCAGUAAUGCUCUGUCAAUGUGUGAGGCGUGUUAGUAGUUUUGUUUUUUUGUUACAGGUACUCACUAGACUGAUGUGCAUUUAUACCUCAAUUUACACAGGUCAUGUCAGGCUUGGGUCAUAUGUAGAAUACUAAGUAUUAAAGUAAUAUUUUUAUUGUUCAUACUACAUCAUGCCACUGUGACAACACCUUUUUUAUCUGUUGGGAUACUGGAAUUGGCUGGCUAAAGAUUAGGCAGGUUUUUUUAUAGCAAGGUUUAUGUGAUUUUUAGAUGCAAAAUGGCGCUCCAAUCAGAUCAGACAAUGUGAUGGCGCAUGUAAAUAUUUUCAAGGUCAUAUAUUUUGUUUGUAUUGGCAUGAACUUUAUCUCAAACUAUGUAGUUUCUUUACAGCCAAAUGCAUUCAAAUGUUUUUCAAGUUCAUGUUGUGAAUCAUGACUGACCGUUGGCAGUAUGACUGGCUGCUGUGCCUUAAACCUACGACUGAGGGACUAAUGUCCCUUUUUUUUUUUAUAUAAAAACUUCUCAAUAGUCUGUGCAAUAUACGCCUUAAACUUUAAAUGUGUGUUUUGUAUAAGCAUUUCAAAGAAAUAAAAGUUCAGUUUUU